GACAAAGCUAAACCAUCGAUAAAUAUUCGGAAUCAAGAUGUCAGCUGUGCCUUUGCGCUUUCCUCGUAUCUUCUUGUUUGGGGACUCUAUCACACAGUGGUCAUUUAGCACUGGAGGAUGGGGAGCGAUGGUUGCCGAUGCUUUUCAAAGGAAAUGUGACGUACUGAAUAGAGGCUUUACUGGCUACACCUCUGCUUACAACAGACUUAUCCUACCAAGUCUUCUAGCCACAGACAAUACCCCAGAAGGGAGCAUUGUUGCUGUGGUCAUUCUUCUAGGUUCCAACGAUUCAGUACUCUAUGAUAUUGACCAGCGAGGAUUAGAACUGGAAGAUUACACAGAUAAUUUGAGAAACAUUAUCCACCAGUUUAAGCAAGCUGGGGUUCCAGACAAAAACAUCAUUUUAAUGACCCCACCCCCUAUUUGUGAGGAGAUGUAUGAAAAAAGCUGCCUGGAAAAAGGCAGAAAGAUGAACCUGUGUAGUACCAGAACGAAAGAGUUUGCACAUGCGUGCCUAGAGGUUGGGCUUUCUCAAGGAGUGGAUAUCGAAGAUUUGCAUACUUCCAUGCAUUCAUCAGAGGACUGGCAAAGUCUUCUGUCCGACGGUCUACAUUUAUCUGCUGCUGGUAACGAGUUUGUUGGGAACCAGCUUGUGCGACUUUUACACACCAAACUGGACAAGCUGCCAGAUAUUCUUCCAGAGUGGUCCGCCAUCGACCCAAACAACCCAGAGAAUCUCUUGGGAAAGUACAAUAAACAAUGAGGUUUUUGUUUUCUACUUUUGCACUGAUGGUCUGAUUUUUCUGUUGAGUUGGCAUCCUAAUAGGAUGAAUUCUUACUUAUGAGGCCAAGGUGUUUCAAAUUCGUAUUUGUUAAAAAAGAAGGUAUUUUCCAUACGAAAAAGACGACAUAUUUUUGACCAAGGGAUUUCCUCAUAAGGAAUUCAAACGUUGCAUUUGUCUGGAGAAACAAAAAACUAGCUUAUUCAUAUAAAAACUUUUUUGGAAAAAAGUGUUCCAAAGAAAAAAAAAAUCUGUUCCACAGCCCAGCCUUAGACGUUCUCAUCAGGUUACCCGUGCUCUGAUAUUAGGGACCUUAAGCAACGACGACGACGACGACGACCGCUGGGACAACGCGAUCGAAAAAGAUGUUUUCGCGCGUGGCGAUCAAUAAUAGUUUAAUUGCAAUGGAAUAAUCAAAACAUUGUAGUCAGAGACAGAUAAAAAUAAACUAAGGGCAUUACUACAGCUCAGCGAA